GUUUGUCUCCUGCUAUCUAUCUGUUUUUCUUUGUCUGUUUCUGAGGUUGAGUGAAGCAGCUAUAGAGUACAGGGCGGACAGAGACAGAGGGCACAGAAAACCCUGAAGAAAAAAAAAAUUGGAGGUCUAAUCUUUUAGGACCACGAACCUGAUUCUUGACUGCAUCAUUCUCAGUGCGAGGAUGACCGGCGUGUGGCGAUGCAUGCUGGCAACGAUGGUGUUGAUGUGUGUGUGCCUGUGGGGAUGCAGUGAGGCUGUAGGGGGGGCUAGGAGUCGACCGCGACCCCAGAGACGACCUCGCAAGAAGCCAAAGGUCGACCCCAUUGACUUGAUCCCACCAGCAGAGAACAUAAACAUACAGCGGAUGACCGGCACGUGGUACCUGCUGAACACGGCCUCCAAAUGCUCGUACCUGAUCAAUCACGGAACCAAAGUGGAGCCUACCGUCAUGAGCCUCUCUCGUUCCUCUGACUCUGACCAAACUCUGUCGGUGAGCACUAAAACCCGACAUAAUCACCAGUGUUGGGAGAUAUUGCAGGUCUACCAUCUGACCCCAGCCCCAGGACGACUGACACUUAAAGGAGCUCGCGCGGAGCUGAACACAGAGAUAGUGAUCGGGGAGACGGACUACAGCUCAUACGCGGUCAUGUACUACCACAAACAGGGCAAGACAACCGUGAAGCUCUAUGGCAGGUCUGUAGACAAUCUCUCAGAGCCAGUGUUGACCAAGUUUGAGCAGCUUGCUACAAAACAGGAUAUGGGACUUGCAUACCUCUUCCCUUUCCCCACCUACAGUCACUGUGGCGACGUGGACCAGGAUCAUGUCAUCAACUGUGUCCCCACAUGUUGAAGAGUCAGAUCCAGCCUUGCAGUGUUCGGCAGUGUUACAUAUGUAUAACUGACCACUGUAUAUCCUUUGAAAAUAAUAAAGAACAGCGGAUACGAGCGAGAAAGUUUGCAUACGGGGUCCUCGAAUGGUUUAAUGGUCCACUUUAAAUGUUACCAUGUGCAAAUGAAUAAAACAAAAUGUUUAAAAUAA